CCACCUCCUCCUCCUCUCGUCUCGUGCCACGCCGGUUAUUUCUUCGGUUUGUUCGUUGCCCAUAGAAAACAUCGCCGCGACAAAGGCCACAAGCCUCUCCUUGUCACCUCCGCCCGAUCAUUUGUCACUCUGCUGAACUUCGGAUCAAAGAAAGACCAGUCCGUAAUAAGAGCGUCUGCGUGCUUCUGAAUUUCUGAAGAGUCAGUUGUCAGCGCCCUGCCAUGGCCAUGAAGAAGCUUGUGCUGAAGCUGGACCUGCACGAUGACAAGGAUAAGCAAAAGGCGCUCAAAGCUGUCUCCGCUCUCCACGGCAUCGACAUGAUCUCCAUGGACAUGAAGGCCCAGAAGCUGACGGUCGUCGGCGACGUCGACCCCGUGGACGUCGUCGGCAAGCUGCGGAAGGGCGGCUGGACGGCGGCGAGCCUCCUCUCCGUGGGUCCGGCCAAGGAGGAGAAGAAGGAGGAGAAGAAGGAAGAAAAGAAAGACGAGAAGAAGCCGCCGGAGGUCAAGUUCGUCGGGUACCCGCCGUGGCACGUCGCGCCGGCGGCGGCCGCGGCGACGCACUACUACCCGCCGCAGUACGUCGUCCACAGCACCGAGGAUGACCCCAACUCGUGCGUCAUCUGCUGAUGGCGCCGCCGCCAGCCUUGUGCAUUUGCAGCUCUCCUGCCUGGUGCGGUGGUGCCUGCCAUCAACCUCACCGGCGGUCACUGAUCGCGACGUGGUCCGAACGUGGCGGUGGUUGGGUGUCGCACGCUUGCACUCCUCACCUAUCCCUUGGCUGAUUCUCCGGCUGGCCUUGCUCGGCUACGAUGACGAUGUGUUUAGUUGUGUGUGUAUAUGGUUGCUACUCCACUUUGCUACUGGACAUACAGGAGAGACAGGAACGCUAGCUAUGUGCAGAUAGUUUUGUGCCAUUUCUUUUUGGUGUCGAUGAGGCAUGAGAUUUUGCGAACCUUACUGUUUAAAGAAGCAUAAUUCCCCUAAAUCUCCUGCCUUUUUGAAAUAGUCUCUCUUUUUUUUUGAGAACCUUUUGGAAU